AGAGAGAGAGAGAGAGAGAGAGAGAGAGAGAGAGAGGAUGCCGAAGAGGACGACGCACACGUACUCGAGUGAGGACGCGGCACCAGAAGGGCCCGACUCGGAUCUCUUUGUGUACUAUUGCAAGCACUGCGGCUGUCAUGUCCUCAUCACUGACACCCAGUUGCAGAAAAUGCCUAAAAGGAAAACAGACAAAGCAUAUGUGUUGGACAAGAAGAAGCAUCUUGCAAGACUCAAUAUAAAUGAGGCAGGAAAAGUUCUCUUAAAACGUGGGGAAGGGAAAUUGGAGAAGCAGUUCCGUAUGAACUGCAUGGGAUGUGGACUGUUUGUUUGCUAUCGCUCAGAAGAAGAUUUGGAAUUUGCCUCUUUCAUAUACGUCAUUGAUGGUGCACUUAGUACAGUUGCUGCUGAAACUAACCCACAGGAUGCCCCGGUGCCCCCUUGCAUAUCACAGUUAGAAGGAGGACUUGUUCAGGUGGCAAUAGAAGUGGAAGAUCGUGCACAACGCUCUGCAAUCACUAGAGUUAAUGCUGAUGAUGUUCGAGUGACUGUAGCCGCACCUGCAGCCCGUGGGGAAGCUAAUAAUGAACUUCUGGAAUUAAUGGGGAAAGUAUUGGAUUUGAGACUGAGCCAGAUGACCCUUCAGAGAGGUUGGAAUAACAAAUCAAAGCUCCUUGUGGAGAACCAGUAGUCAUAUGCCUGCUUGUUGAGGGACUCUUUCCUGGAUUUCGAUCUGGAAGAGGACGACCACUAGGAUUUAUACUCUGAAGAAAGGGAUGGAAGGGAGUGAGUUGGUUUUUUAGGAUUAAAAGCCUAUGCAGUAGAUUCCAUUUUCUGCAUUUUUCGCAAGGUAAUUGUAAAAUGACGCAAUUAUCAUUACACUGGAAGUAAGAUAAUUGUGAUAUAAGAGGUGAGAUGACCAAAUUAGCUUAAAGGUAUCGGACCAUCUAUGUCAAACUGGUCUCAUUUUUCCCCUUAAGGACUAUCUAUCUGAUUGUCUUCCUCUUUUAAUUACUGUGGCCGUACUUCCCCAUUUUGGUUCCUUGUUUCUCUUUGCUAUAAAUGGUCUACCAAUCUCGCAUCCGGAGCAUUUUUCAUGUAAUUUGCUGACAUUGGACUUCUAAACCAGGUGGAGGAUUUGUCUGCUAGGCAGGUGUAUGAGAAACUUCUCGAAGCUGUGCAACCAUGAAACUUCUACAUCGGUGCAAUAGAAGCUUGGAUGCUGAGACUUUCGAUGUUUUUGUUCUCAAUUGUUUUUCUGACGAGGACAAUUUGCUCAAGCGACUCUUCGAAAACUGAUUGCUGAAUUAUCUCAAUCCAUCCGGUGUGCUUAUGUAAUGUAUUCUUGAAUGUCACAGAUUCAAGAUCAAUAGAAAAAAAGGUUGAAUAUCUUUUGCUCAUACGUUCUGAGUUUUUGGGAGAAUGAUUUUAGAGGAUGAACGAUGCUUUGUAACAUUCAGAGGCAAAGCAGUGUAACUGUGUAACUACAAAGGAUUCUUGUUGUCCUAGUGGAGAUGUCAUCUUGUUAGUGCUUUGAUGGAGGGAAAUUGCAGUAAGUUCCAUUAUGUUGCUGCCAAAACAAA